AGAUCAGAAGAUUUCUGACCAGCUCACUUGAUGAGAUGUACUUACAACUUUCCUCGGAUGCUAUCUCGUCUCAGCUUUACUUGUUUCAACCUUCCCUUUCUCAAGUUUAGUCUUUUCUACUACAGUCGUCACAGCUUCCUCUCACCUCCCUCUCCUAGAGCUAGCUCCGAUAAUGACAACAGACUACUACGCAAACAUCACCUAUAGUUCGUAGAUACAAUAACUCUCUUCUAUCUUCUUUCCUCAUACUAUCUUCGUUUUAAUGAUCAAUUCAGAUUGACUGUAAACAUCAACAUAAGAAAGAAAUGACCUCCACCACAACCGAAACGACUUACCAGCCCACAAUGCCAUACUCCCAGGAACGUCUGGAACUGGCGCUGGGUCUCUUCUGUCGCAUGAGACCUCAUCUCAAACGAAGAGGCCUGCCGCAUGAACACCUCGAGCAGAAUCUCAAAUCCAAAUAUGAACUGCGCUGGGGAACUUUAGAAAGCGCGAAAAAGGCCCCAUCGACGUGGAUCGAUGAUGAUGAUAGCGCGGACUACGAUCCGAAACAGGAUAUUCCGAAAAGAAAGUUCUCCAAGGCUCGUGUCGGUCAGAAGGUUGGUGCAGAGAGGCCGGCGAAGAGGCAGCGACGGCUGUCCAUGUCGGAAGAAGAUGAGGAAGAAAAGGAAGACGACGACGAUGACGAACCUGGGUUGCUCGUUACUUUAAAGACCACGUCGGAAAGAGGUAGAGCAUUCUUAUCCUGCCUGCGAGACCGUAGCAGCGACGAGUAUGAAGGAAACAUCUAUGAAGAUGCAGCACCCGGGUUAUGCAACAAAAGAUAUCCUCUGAGGAGCCGUGGGAAGAGCAUAAGCUCUCUACUUGCACUGUUCGAUCCUCAGCCAUCUCAGGAAGAUUCGCAAGCCUCGACGAAAAGCCUUCUCAGCCUAGACCUCGGCCAUCCAGCAGCGAGAGGGUGUAAAUCCUGCUGGGAAUUCAACCAGGACUGUUCCCUUGUCGAUAAUCCUGCACUCUACCCCUGUCAGAUAUGUCGGGAGGACGGCCUUGACUGCGAACUGAUCAUACAACCAAGACGAAAGCGUGGAUGCGAGAAUUGCAAAAAGAAAAGGAAAGUCGUUUGUUCGUAUCUCCAGAGCAAUAAUGCAAGCCAUCAUUUGCCGUGUACACAGUGUCAAACUGCAGGGAUUCGAUGCUGCGCUGGGCCUGCUAAGGAGAGGCAAAUGCGAGUAACGGGUGAGCACGAGACGCAAGAUGAUGACAUUGGCGAUAAUUUUGUUCAUCUUGUUUGUCCUCCGCAGCAGGGACAGACAGAAACCAUGCAGCCUUUGCCAACGCCAGAGAGUCUGCGGCGUUGCAGUGUCGAUGAUUCGAACUUUGAUACCGGUGCUACAGCAGUCUGUCAAGAUAGUCAACCAGAACCCGAAGAAGAAGAAGAUAAACACGGCGAGACACUUCUCAAACCGUCCCUGGUGAUCCCCAAAUCCGUGCCAUGCGAGCCUCAAUCCAGGGGAAAUGGCCUAGUCAGAAAUGGGCCUGCGCCCAUUACUCGCGUGAUAACCACCUCAUUCGCUCACCCCAUCAACUUCUCUUAUGAACCCCCUGCAGACGGUACCAAGCCUUGUCACUGGUGCCAUGACUUCCGGUACGGCAUCAUCGGUAUAGGGACACUCAACGUCGAAAUCAUAGACUACCAUGAUGGCAACGGAUAUAUCGAGAUCGAAGGCGGACAUGUAGGUCAGGGUCAUGAACCAAGUCGGAUGUGCAUAAUCUGUGCCUUGGAGAGACUGCACAUUAUGAACUGCCGCAAUCACACCAUCUCUCCCUUGGAAGGUCACAACGAGGAAACGUUCGAUUAUGAUGCGGCCUAUGAGAGUUUAUUGCAAGAGCCGGGGGAGGAUAGAGACGUCAAGACGCUUGCACUAUGGUGUAUGCUCUGCCCUCGUCCAGCGUUCUUUGGGUGUGUGACGGUUCAGUCAGUGGAUAAGUUUCAGGAACCUGUUGACCCGUCAGAUCCGGCAGCGAAAGGUUGUGGACUGCUUUUAUGCUCGGACUGCGCUAGACUGUGCAAAGAAUUCGGGGCUGACCUGGAGCGGGUGGUUAGUGAGAAUAGGAAAAGUCUGGGGGAAGAUGGUGUGCGAGCGGAUGCAGUCUAUUUGCUUCCCGAGAACGAUCUUUGGAAGACAUACAGUGGUUGAAAUAGGCAGAAAAAGAAUGAUUUCGAAAUACAUGUGUUUAGCGUUGUCAUCUAGACAGAAGCGAGGGAGGAUGUUGUCAUUUCGCAGUGGUCCGGUGGGGAACAAUAUCUCAUUUAGAGCAAUCGAUUAUAAUUCACCGCUGGGAUCAUUAAAGAUCCAAUUCAUCGCUCGUCCUUGAGCACCAUUAGAGGUUUUGAAAAUACCAAUAUCUCAGCCACAGAA